AUGAUGAUUGUUUCUUGUAGCCUACCCGUAUCGUAUGUACGAACUAUUCCGCUGCUCACAUUUCGCUCGUAUUCCAUAAAACUAUCUCAAUCCGACCCAUUGGAGAAUCGCAUACAUUCGACUAAAUAUGAAAAGCCAUUGCUGUUGGCUCAAGCAUUCCAUUCCUAUUUAGAAACAUUCCCUAAAGAUCUAGAAACGGCAUCCAAAAUUGACAAGUAUGAAACAUUGACAACCAGGCGAGGUUCUAAUAUCAGAAUUGGUUUAAUAUACGGAGAUGAAGAAAUAUCCAAGCGAUCGAAAUUAUUGGAAACUCUACUUGCGGACCCUUUGGCUCUGGGAAAUAAUGAAUGGUUUACCCAGAUUGAGAAUAGAAAGAGAGACUGUGACAAUGCCUACGUAUACGGUGACUUCAAUCUGGAAUUGCAAGAACGCUUUCAGCUAGGACCCGACAAUAGCUUGACCGCAACGUACAAAGUUCCAUCACCAAUAUUAUCAGCACGCUAUAGAGCGCCAUUCAGUAAGGCAUUCCAUAAAGAAAUUUUACCUGCUGAAAAGAAUAAUAUUGAAAUAGUUGAACUCAAUAACUACACUCGUGGGAUCUCGGACGACUUCCAUCUAUUCGUCAAUGUGAGCUCCAACAUAUCUAAUGCGUUAAAUAAUUUCCCAAAGGCAGCCCUUGAGAAUCAAAUUGUGUUGACAGUGAUAGACAACAAGGACGUUUCACCUUCAUCCACCGAAGAAUCUCCCAUAACAUUUGAUGACACCUUAAAAUCUAGCAAUAACCAUCACAUGAUAAAAAUCAAUUCAGCUUCGUACUAUGAAGGAAUUGUCAACUUCCUCAAGCUCGACGCUAAGGCUGGGUCUCAAUUUGUAGACUCCCUUAUUCAAAGUAAUAUUUUUGAAUUACAAAAAAGCUUGGGUUGGUACCUGAGUACCCCGAUUUUAUCUCAAGUCUUGUUGACUAUAAUAUACAACAAUUUAAAACUACAAGAAAGGCACUUCACAGAUAUCGAAUUCAAAUAUAACCAGGUUAAGUCGAAAGAUCUAGCGGAAUUCAGCGAAUUAGUACAUUCUGAGUUGCAACACGAAUUCAUUCCCAAGACUGAAAGGUAUUUCCGUAAAAAUUUGAGAUGGUGGAAGCUUUACUUGAAAAAUGACAACGUUGAGUAUAAUUUAAAGGAUUUCUUCAGCCAUAACUUUAUGCCGAAGAGUAUUGAAAACUACAAUUUUCUUAGAGGGAAGAUUGUAAACAAGCUACAGAAUGAUAAAUACGGUGAAUAUGAAGAUAAAAGUGAUAUUGAUAACCCGCUCUCGGACUUGAAAAAGAGCAUAAUCGACACCAGAAUAUCUACCGAGGUGCAACCAGUGGUGUUUUCUGCUAUAACCGAAUCUUUGUUAUUGUUCCAGAUACCGAUUGGAAUACUAUCGGUUUUGGCAUAUCAAUUCUUUGAUUUCAGCUUGAACCUGUCGAUUGCUUUAUUUUCCCUUGGUUUGGCAGUCGGCUUCAACCAUGCCUCCAAGAAAUGGGAGACAUUCACUACUAAAUGGACAAAUGAACUAUUUGAGGAGAUUAGGUUAUGUUUAGGCAAGGGUUGCAUAGAGAACGGGCUAGUGAAGGAGUUGGAGUUCAGAUACCAAGAUGAAAAUGGAGUGACCGCAGCAAGAAGGGACAUAUUGAAAAUAGUUCAGAAUGAAUUGGAAUCCAAAGAGCAGAGGAAAAAGUUAGCAGAUAACAAAAAAUAG